UGUUAAACUAGUGGAGUAUAGAAAACCAAAUUGUCAGGAAAAAGUACAAAAAAAAUGGUUCUUGAAAUUGAAAAACAAUUUAUCUUCAAUCCUUUUAAUUAAAUUUUUAUGUUUCCUGUUCCUUGACCCUCCAUAAUGAUCAUAAUCUGAGAUCUCAUUCUGACACCAAUCUAAAAAAAGAUUUUCCUUUUGCCAAGAAAAAUCCAAGAACGCAGUUUUUCUUUUUGUUAUCCAUUUGCUUCUUUGUUUUGAUCCCUCUGAUCCAGGAACAAACUCUGUCACUAUCAAAUCUUAUAUGGGUUUUUACAGCUAAGGCUGUUGUUGAAAGGUGACACAAAAACCAUGGAAGGUCCACAUAUAGUCGACCCAGGUUCAAGGUAUGCAAGGGCAGCACCCCUCCAUAUUCUCUGAACUCACCUAAAAGAACUAUUCCUUUCUUGUCUUGGAGACACAUUUCUCUGGGUAAAUUUUGCCCAUAACCGUCUGGCUCUUUCUAUUUUAUCUUCUGUUCUUCAUUUUGUUUGUUACAUAUUAAUGGUGUCUAGGCCCUGUAGUGCUGGUGGGUAUAUAGUUCUGAGAAUUGGGGUUGUGGGUUUGAAACAUGAGCAGAAGAAGCUGCAGUUGUGGUUGGGAUUGAUGAACAUACUGUCUGCUGGUUCUUUUGGACGAUAUCUGUUGUUAAGACGUAUAUAAGUGCUCUUCAUAGUUGUGAAUCAUUUGAGGAUGUUGUUGAAGUUGUAUGUAGAUUCGUAUCUGUUGGAUCAUCUGGAUAUGUAGCUUGUAUAUGAAACUGUUAGUACUCUGUAUCAAGUGGUUGCAUAAAAAAAUGGUGAUUAAACCUUGUUGGAGAACAUUGGUCGACGGUGAUGGAAGGAGGAGAGGAGAUGGAAGUCAUCGAGGGGGAGAUCCAAACGGCAAGGUUGACGGGCUUUUGUGGUAUAAGGAUCUUGGAUAUCAUGUAAAUGGAGAAUUCUCGAUGGCCGUAAUUCAAGCCAAUAGUUUGUUGGAGGAUCAGAGUCAGCUUGAAUCAGGGCCCUUGAGUUCACUUGAUUCUGGGCCAUGUGGUACUUUCGUUGGAGUUUAUGAUGGACAUGGCGGACCAGAGACUUCUCAAUUUGUAAAUGAAAACAUGUUCACCAAUCUCAAGAGAUUUGCCACUGAGAAUCGGGAGAUGUCUGCAACUGUUAUUAAAAAGGCUUUCUUGGCAACGGAAGAGGAAUUCCUUUCUCUAGUGAGACAGCAAUGGUCUAUAAAGCCACAACUUGCCUCAGUCGGAACGUGCUGUUUAGUAGGGGUUAUAUGCAAUGGGCUUCUAUACAUUGCCAAUGCAGGAGACUCUCGAGUAGUCUUAGGCAGGGCAGAUAACGACAUGCGAGGAGUCACCGCUAUUCAAUUAUCAACAGAGCACAAUGCUAAUAUCGAAUCAGUCAGGGAUGAACUACUGUCUUUGCAUCCUGAUGAUCCCCAGAUUGUUGUUUUAAAGCACAAAGUUUGGCGUGUUAAGGGUAUUAUACAGGUUUCAAGAUCCAUUGGAGAUGCCUACCUUAAGAGGUCAGAGUUCAACAGAGAACCACUCUUGGCCAAAUUUCGGCUGUCGGAACCCUUCAGCAAGCCAAUUCUCAGCCCGGAACCAUCAAUACUUGUACACAAGCUCACCCCCAAAGAUCAGUUUCUCAUAUUUGCUUCAGAUGGCUUGUGGGAGCAUCUCAGCAACCAGGAGGCAGUUGAUAUUGUUAACAGCUAUCCCCGCAGUGGCAUAGCCAAGAGACUCGUUAAAGCUGCUCUUCGUGUGGCAGCCAAGAAAAGAGAAAUGCGAUACUCAGACUUGAAGAAAAUCGAUAGAGGUGUGAGGAGGCAUUUUCAUGACGAUAUCACAGUUGUUGUCGUUUUUAUCAAUCUUUCUUCUGCAAAAAGAAGCUAUUCUCAUAAUCCCACCAUUUCAAUAAGAGGAGGUGGUGGUGCUCCCUACUCUGCUAAUUCAUAAUAUAGCUUCAUCUUUUACUUCUGUAUGAAAUUUAUGAAUAUGAGAAUAGAUUUGUGAGGAAUUUACUCCUUGUGAUCU